UAGCGGCAUAUAUGUCGCUGCAUAAAUGUUUGUGAAGAUAAAUUGAAAUAGAACCAAGAAUGUCUCACUUGACGACCUGGACUAGCUGACAGCUUGCCUUACCUGGUGGAUUGGAUAAAUUCCUAUUGAAGGCCAAGACUUGACCUUGAGAAAACAGCUGUUGGGUGCUUUGCAAAGCUGUUUUGCUCUUGCAGAGAUUUUUACUGGCGUGUUUUCUUGUCAUCAUGAUCUGCUGCGCCUUAACACUCCUCCUGGGAUCAUUGUUCUCCAUUGGGCAUUGUGUUUUUCCUCCCGGUUCUUGCGAUAGCUACGUCAACAUCACCGAACCAUCUCGCAACAUAGCCUUUACUUCGUCUUCUUUCUCUGGAUACCCACGCGACGACGGCCACCUUUCAAGUCAGUGGUCACGCUUCACUGGCAUCGGUGGAGACAGACUCAUGGAAAACUGCCACGCAGGACCUCGCGGCGGUUUCCAAAACCCCAUCCGUUUUAUGUAUACGUAUCCAAAUAGGAAAUCUAUAACGGCAUCAUCUGGGAAUGCGUAUGUGUAUGCUGGAGGGUGUGAUACGCAUAGCAUCACGAUGGAAGUGGUGCUCUGUCCGGGAGAAUUUUACAUACACAAACCAACAAAUCAUCCUGUGUCCAGUUCUGGCUUCGUAACCUACCAUUCCGUGUGUAGAAAUGACUCUUGCGGACCACUUGCUCAGUGUAACAGUGAUGGAGGGUGCACUUGUUUGACCGGGUAAGAGUUACUCCCAAGUCAUCUGCCCGCAACGGACUCAUAUGGCUGUACUGAUAUAGACGAGUGUACAGCAAAUCCAGGUGUUUGUGGAAGUAAUUCUGAUUGUAACAACACAAUUGGAGCGUACACUUGUACCUGUCUGGUGGGUUUCAUGGCAGCCAAUCCAAAACAGCCACCCGGAGGGACCAAUGAAUGCAAAGAUAUCGACGAGUGUCUUGAAAACGUGUGUGGUGACCAUGGGACAUGUGUGAACGUGGCGGGAAGUUUUGAAUGUCAAUGCAACGAUGGGCACCACAAUGUAAAAGAUGCCAGUCCCAUUUGCCAAGAUAUCGACGAAUGCUCGAAUUCUACCAUCUGCGGUCCCCACUCUGAAUGCACCAACACACCCGGCCUUUACACGUGUGUAUGCCAAGUGGGCUUCUCUCCAACUGAACAAAAGAAGCCACCCAGCGCCAAAAACAACUGUCUUGAUAUUGACGAGUGUAACGAAAAUGCCACAGUCUGUGGUCCUCAUUCCAACUGCACAAACACAGUGGGCUCGUAUGUUUGCACCUGCUUCCAUGGUUACCGUCUGAAUAACCCAAAAGAGAUAGCCAGUAAUGCCAACCCUUGUACAGAUGUGGAUGAGUGCAAAGAGGUGCCUGACAUAUGUGGUGCUCAAACUGUGUGUACGAAUGCAAACGGAACAUUCUAUUGUUCCUGUCCAGACGGCUUUUACCCCUCAACUGGGAUUUUAUGGAUUGUUGGGGUUUCUUUUUGUAAAAGUCUCCAGGAUAUUCUCAAUGAGAUAAACCCACCAGUGGGCCAGACAAAAGAGAGAGUGUUUCUUGACAACAUGGACCAACAACUUUUAAACAACACAGAUAUCAUUUUACCGGUGCCUACAGUGGCCAACAGCUUUGCAGCAUCCAUGGAGGUCUCAGGUGUUGGACCGCGAGCCAAGAAAAUCAAGCUGAGCAAUGAUGGAGAUGGAGAGACUGGAAGUAAGAUCUUGGCCAUCUCAGACCACCUCGUGAGUGCCAUGGUGUCGCCAGCUCAGAAUGAAACCAAGACUACCUUGAAUAGCUCAUCAGUGGCCUUAACUCUGGAGACGAUUGGGCCUGGGAGUGAUGACGAGAGUGGCUCCCAUCUCUUAGUGAAUGGAAACGUCAUGGACAUCAGCCUACAAAGUCUGGCAAAAAACAACAAUGGUUCCGCUGCAGUGGCCUUUAUGACGCUAAGGGGCAUGGAGAGUCUUCUCAGUCAUCAUUAUUUCCAAAGCGAGAACAGCAGGGAAAUGUACUCUGACGUUCUCACGGCAGUUUUACCCUCUGCGAACAAGACUAACCUCACCGAGCCGGUCAACUUCACCAUUCAACACAAGAGGAUAUUACCUGAAUCUGGUUUGGCGACUUGUGUGUACUGGGAUGACAAAACAGAAGAGAUCAAAAACAUGAGCGCCACUGAGAGAAUGAGAUGGUCAGUGGACGGAUGCCAAGUUGCGUACUCAAAUGAAAAUUUCACAGUGUGUAGCUGCACUCAUCUUUCCACAUUUGCCCUCAUCUUGCAGAGUGGCCAGCCGCCACUUGAGGAUUCUUUUUUAGAGUGGCUGAACCGGAUGUGUGUCAUAGUUGGACUCUUCUUCUUUGCUUUGGCCAUCCUCACCUUUCUGCUGUGUAGCUGGAACCCCAAAAUCAACAACACGGCUCGUCUUCAUCUGUGUAUCAGCCUCUCGUUGUCCCAUCUCCUGCUCUUGUGGAAUGACAAAUAUGUUGAACAUGAGCUGGCUUGCACCGUCAUAGCUGGUCUCCUCCACUUCUUAGUAAUCGCCAGCUUUGUGUGGAUGCUGCUGGAGGCCUUGCAGCUUCACCUGCUAGUCCGCAAGCUCUCCAGGGUGGAGGUGAUCCAGAGAGAUGGACUUCCUAGGCUCUUCCUUUACGUGAUGGGCUACGGUGUUCCAUUCGUGAUUGUGGGUGUUUCUGCGCUCGUGUACUCUGAUGGAUACGGAGCCACAAAUUCAGAGGACUGUUGGCUGUCGCAAAAGCGCAACUUCAACUGGGCUGUAUCAGGACCAGUCAUUACUGUCCUCGCACUUAACAUCUUCUUGUUCAUUGCUACUUUAUGGAGUCUGAGACCUACAUUGGCCGAUAUGAGAAGUGAUGUCUCGCAGUCCCGAGACACAAGGUUGAUUGUUUUUAAAAUUGUGGCCCAGUUUGUCAUACUGGGCUGUACAUGGAUUAUUGGCCUAUACCAGAGCAACCUUUUCUUCCAUGUCCUCUUUCUACUUCUCAACUCCCAGCAGGGAACCUUCCUCUAUAUUGUCCACUGUGUGCUCAACAAAGAGGUUAGGGAGGAGUACAGGAAAUGGUUGACCUGUUCAUUCAAAAAGAAACAAGACGAUGGUUCUAUGAAAGAUGCUCAGUCAGUGUCUGAGGAGUUAGACAAGGUUGAAGAGGAAAGACACAAUGUUGAAAAAUAAAAUGAUGAAAAAAGAAUUUAGUUCUUAUGAGAACCUCAUCCACUUGGAAAGAUUAGCCAUAACACAUUUGAUUGC